UGUUGAUAUGCAAUGAAUAGUUGCUGAAGCUUUACUGUAGCAUCAGAAGACGUUGAGAUAGAAUCUUUCUAAUUCAGUAUUCUUAUAGCCUAGCUAACGAGUUUGUACCCUCGGCAACAACAUUUUUGUAUGUUUAAAAUAGGACUUGUUAACGGCGUUCAAACGCUGCACUACAAACGUUAACAAUGAAGUUCGUGAGAUUUAUUAUGAAGAAUGCAGCUUUGACAAAUAUGCCGAAACAUGUCGAAUAUUAUGCCAAAUUUUCACCUUCACCGCUCUCUAUGAAACAGUUUAUCGAUUUUGGUGAGUAUGGUAACCCUCUAGUAGAACGACAGUAGCGUCAUCGCAUAUUUACGUAAAAAAACCCGACAUAAUAGGAUAAGAAUGAUAGCCUAAAGUGCGAUUGUGUUAAAUUAACUUCACUUUACAUAGAAACGGGCAUGGUGUGCAGUGUUGCAGCAAUUCCUACAAUACAAUCCCCAUACGUUUUGGCUGUCCCUAAUGCAGGGUCUAUAUUGCGUCAGCUUCAAUGGUACAGGCACGUUCCUUUCAAAUGAUCUGAUGUUGGGGAUUGUAAAAACAAAAAAAAAAGCCUCUACUACUCCAAGUACUGCAAUCAUGCAAUGCACAUUUGUGUUCAUUUCAUUUAAGUAAGGAGUCUAUUAAAGAACAUUGAUUGCCCCCUCCCCCUCCUGUUUACAGGUUCAACAAACGCAUGUGAAAAGACAUCUUUUGUUUUUUUAAGACAAGAACUUCCCGUUAGACUGUCAAACAUAAUGAAAGAAAUCAACCUGCUCCCGAACAGGCUGCUCACAACCCCUUCUGUACAAAUGGUGCAGACAUGGUACAUUCAGAGCUUGAUGGACAUCUUGGAGUUCCUUGACAAGAACCCUGAUGACCAGAGUAUCUUGGGAGAGUUUGUUGACACCUUGGUGAAAAUCAGGAACAGGCACAAUGAUGUGGUGCCCACCAUGGCACAGGGCAUCGUAGAGUACAAGGAGACCUUUACCCAGGACUCUGUCACCAACCAGAACAUCCAGUACUUUCUGGAUCGCUUCUACAUGAGCCGCAUAUCCAUACGAAUGCUCAUCAACCAGCACACCUUAGUCUUUGAUGGAGCAACAAACCCUCUUCACCCCAACACCAUUGGAAGCAUUGACCCACACUGUGAAGUCACCAAGGUUGUGAAAGAUGCCUACCAAAGUGCCAAGAUGCUGUGUGACAAGUACUAUCUCAGCUCACCAGAGCUGAUGCUGCAGGAGCUGAACAGUAACAACAGGAAGCAGCCCAUAGAUAUAGUCUAUGUACCCUCCCAUCUCUACCAUAUGCUGUUUGAGCUCUUCAAGAAUGCAAUGAGAGCCACUAUUGAGCAUCAUGAAGCAAGCAACAGUCUUCCACCAAUUCAAGUAAUUGUGGCCAUCGGAGGAGAGGACAUGUCAAUCAAGGUGAGUGACAGGGGAGGUGGAGUCCCCUUCAGGAGGACUGAGACCCUGUUCAGCUACAUGUACUCCACGGCCCCCACGCCUCAAAUAGGAGAGGACACACCAACACCGUUCGCUGGUUUUGGCUAUGGCCUGCCCAUCUCGCGCCUCUAUGCCAAGUACUUCCAGGGAGACCUGCAGCUCUACUCCAUGCAGGGCCAUGGCUCGGACGCUGUCAUCCACUUGAAGGCGUUGUCAAGGGACUCUGUGGAGAGGCUCCCCGUGUACAACAAGACAGCUCUGAGGAACUACAAAGUGAGCCAGGAAGCAGAUGACUGGUGUAUGCCCAGCAAAGAGCCGCUGGAUCUGGCCAGCUACAAGGUGGCCAAGUGAGCCAAGCGCCCUGGCCUGGUGCAGAAUGUGACGUCAACGUGCCCGGCUAGCCUGCUUGCCGGCCUGCCCUCAAAUCCCCCUGCCAGUGCAGACAGUUUACCUAACCCCUGCUUAUAUUUAGGUAGAAGUUUGAGUUGAGAAGCGAAAAUGCUAGAUAAAGGUUGUCCAAGGCUGACCUCUCGGAGACACUUUCUAUAAAGUCAUAGUAGCAGAUGCUCAGACUUUUAGGAAGGUGAAGGCAGUCCUCAGAUGUACCAGUACUGUGUACUGCUAAAUAAUUGACAGCCCUUCACAGGCAUUAGAUCUCAUCCUUCUUGAAUUGCUGACUGCCAGAAAACGCCACCUGAGCCUUUAAUAGCCUGAGAAAUAAGGCUACAGUACAGGUCAUAAAAACUGUUUAUAGUAGGAUAUCAUUCUUUACAAGUGCCAUUUCAUUGGAUCUGUUGAUCCUAGUUUUUGUGUUGAUGCCUGCACGAGUAGUUUUGAAUAUUUCCGAAGAGUUUAUAUUGAAGUUAACUUGCUAGCUACUGAUUAGCUUCACACGUGUGUGCUGUUAGUGAGUAGCAUUGAGCUAAUGUGUUCCUGUUUCCAUUCGUUUGUAAUAAGAUGUGUUUACGAUGCAGAAAAUGCUGUGUAUUAUUGUUCCUCUCACCAAGCUCAAACUGCAUGGCUGCAGUUUUAAACGCACCAAAUAACUUGAGAUUCUAAUUUAGAGGGUUAUUGCCUUUGGCAUAGAAAAGACAGUGUUUCCACAAACAAAACAACAGAAACGCAAGGCAUGUUUCGCUUGAUGUAGCUUGUCCUGUGAACCCUAAGAUGUGAGGCAAUGAAAGUCCUUCUGGUCUGAUUUAGUCAUUUUCAGUCAUCAUUUAUUUUCUAUCAUUUUAAAUAAGGUUUUAUGUAAGUGUUUUAUACUGUACAUAUCACCUACAUUUCUACAUCCAAAUGAUUACAGUAAAUAUGUAUUAUUGACAAAAUAUAUUGUUGUGAAACCAUUCCUUGUGUCCAGCCAUUGAAGAUUAACGGGUAGAAAAA